GGAAGAAGACGACGUUGAAUACAAGGGAGAGGGAAGAAGAAAAAGAAAUAUAGACGAAAGAUGUCUACAUUGGACUCCAUUGAUGCGAUUCUCUUCUCUCUUAGCAGAGCUUUUACAAGCCCUUUCGCUGUCUUCGUUCAGAUCCAGGGGUGUACAAUAUGCUUACUUCUUGCUCUCGGCUGGUUAAUGGCUGAAUAUGUCAGGAACCGUGAGGUUAAGAGAAUUAAAAAAAGCAUAAAAGCGGGCAAUAGCUUGGCGUUUCUUUAUCAAGAUAUCAAUGAACUUGAGCACUCUAGGCAGGAAAAACUUCCCAGAGUUUCUGUUGUCAUGCCUCUAAAAGGUUUUGGAGAACACAAUUUACACAACUGGAGAAGUCAGAUUACUUCUCUCUAUGGUGGGCCAUUGGAAUUCCUUUUUGUUGUAGAAAGUACGGAAGACCCUGCAUAUCACGCUGUUUCCCGUCUAUUAUCUAUGUAUCAGGAUCAUGUUGAAGCUAAGGUUGUAGUUGCUGGUUUAUCGACAACUUGUAGCCAGAAAAUUCAUAAUCAGUUGAUUGGAGUUGAAAAAAUGCACAAAGAUACCAAAUAUGUGUUAUUUUUGGAUGAUGAUGUUAGACUGCACCCUGGAACAAUCGGAGCUCUCACGACUGAGAUGGAGAAAAAUCCAGAGAUAUUUAUUCAAACUGGGUAUCCUCUAGACUUGCCGUCUGGGACUCUUGGGAGUUAUUGUAUCUAUGAGUACCACAUGCCUUGCUCAAUGGGAUUUGCGACUGGUGGAAGAACAUUCUUUUUGUGGGGAGGGUGUAUGAUGAUGCAUGCCGAUGAUUUCAGACAAGAUCGGUACGGUGUUGUCUCUGGCUUACGUGAUGGUGGAUAUUCAGAUGAUAUGACACUUGCCUCUCUAGCAGGUGCUCACAAGAGGCUCAUUACAUCUCCUCCUGUUGCUGUUUUCCCUCAUCCUCUCGCAAGUGAUCUAAGUUUUGGACGAUACUGGAACUACUUGAGAAAGCAAACCUUUGUGCUAGAAUCUUACAUAUCCAAAGUCAACUGGAUAAUGAACAAGGCUUUGUUUGCCGUCCACUGUUAUCUUUCAUGGGGUUUUGUUGCACCAUAUGUUAUGGCUGUCAUUCACAUCACAUCAGCUUUAAGAAUCUACAUCAAGGGCUAUCAUCAACUUGAAGACACGACCUUUGCUUCUAGUGGUAUGAUGCUUGUUAUAACGUUGGCGAUCUGUACCUUCAUCGAGCUUCUUUCAAUGUGGAAUUUGACGAGACGAGAAGUUCAGCUAUGCAAUAUGUUAUCCCCUGAGGCUCCCCGUCUUUCUCUUGCAACUUAUAAUUGGGGACUUGUUUUUGUAGCAAUGCUUGUAGACAACUUCCUAUACCCGAUCUCAGCUUUCCGUUCUCACUUUUCUCAAUCCAUAAACUGGUCUGGAAUCCGAUACCACUUGAAAGAUGGAAAGAUAUUCAAGAUUGAGAGACGAAAGGAUAUGGGACCAGCAAAGACCGAUUUAGGAGGCAAACAUUUGUAUGAUAAUCGUGCACCAUCAAAUUUGUUGGUAAUCUCUAAAAACAUCACACAAGAACCGGAGCUCAUCAAGGUUCUUCAAGCAUUGAGAUCGAAGAAUCACAAUGUUCUCGUAGCACAGCCGCCUGAUUGUAAUGUCGAAACGGUAGUGCUACUUCAAACAGUGAUCAUGGCCAAGCCUUGUGCUGCAUUUCUUGUCUUCCUCUGCCUUUCCAUGCUCAUCCUGUCAACCCCUGAAGUGGAUGCUAAGCUAUGCAUGUCAAUCAAAACGUUGACAAAUAUUAGUUGCGAGAUGGACGACUGCGACUGCGACUACGACCACAAAUGCGGUGAGUGGGAUGAUGAGAGCUAUGGAAAUUGCAAACAACACCAUAUCCGAACCGUUUGCAAAUGUAUCUUGAACUGUCCUGAGACUUCAUCUACGUCGAAGGCCUAAUAAUGCAUGCAUAUUUUCAAAUCAAUGAAAGAAUAAAACCAUCUUAUUAAGGAGUCGUAAGUUUGAAUGUAUUGAGAUUAUUAUAAAAUAUAAAUACUGUGUUUCUUGUUUUUAUGGCUAUAAAUUAUAGUUAUGUAU